AUGCCAGCAUUUGAACUGAUGAUUAGAGUGGAUUACGUCCUUCGACUGGCACAUAAAAAUGUAGUUGUUAGUGAGUUAACUGGGCAAACUCGCCGAACAUUUCAAGCAAGAUUUGAAGGACUUAGUGAUGGAAAUGUUGUUGCAGACAUUCUUGCAGAACAGUCGACAGCUCAUGAGGAUGAUAGUGGGAGUAGUUCUGAAGAAGAACAAGUCGAUGAUACUAGUGAGGUUGACCUUACUACUACAGUGAAUUGGCAAGAAGCAAGCAGUAACCAUCGAUCGACGUUCAAUCAUAUGGCAUAUCAUCAGGCGUGUGAAGUCAACAUUGCUGUAAUUGAUAAUAUACAUUUGAUUGCAGCUUCCUUGCGGGAUUGGAAACCACAAUGCAUCGUAGCAACAGCAUCAACAACAGUAAAGGGUGAUGAAGUUGAACGUGUAGUUAAGACACAGAAUAGCUCAAGAAUUGUUAAAUUUACAAGACCAAAACUCUUCUCUGAAUACUCAGAUGCAAAAGGGGCCGUUGAUAUUAAUAAUCAGCAUGAAGGAGCACAUGAUGUAACACACUUUGAUUUCAGACGACAAUUAACACAUGAGAUUAUUAGUGAAAACUACCUUGUUGAAGAAGACUCACCACCAAUGACAAGAUCAAAAACCAGAUUGUCAGAACUAAAAGAAAAAAUGGAGGCAAAAUGA